GUGCGUUAUUUGCGUAUCGAUUUCCAGAACUUGUGUAACUAUAAUACUCUGCUCGCAUUUUAUCUGCGAACAGAAGUGGCACGGAAUCUGCUCAUCGGGCGGCCUUGCCGUCUGUGAAACAGAUAAAAUUUUUGCAAAUCGCGCUGCUGCUGACUGGGUCAAUUAAGCGAACGGCGAAUACAUAUAUUAUUAUUAGUUGCACAGCACGCCAGCGCGUAAGGAGGUUGCAAAAAUGUAGAACGGCCACUGUCACUUUCAUGACAGAAAAUGGGCCCGGCUGCUUGCUGGCUGUCGUUGCACACCAACUGACAUUGCCAAUUUGUUUUACCGACGGGCUGUUUGCGAAUAUUAUAGCUUUUCCAAGCCACGCCCUUCGCUAGGUAAUUAAAUAGAAGAAAGCAGAAAGAAACAUGAUAUUUAUCGCUGUGGCUAUGCAUAAUAUGUUCUCUUCUUUUGGUGUGGAGGAGGGGAAACAUUACUAGAAGUAGUGAAAAUAAAGACGCACAUCCGACAUUUUAAGUAAAUACUCAUUGUCUCAGAAAUAAAAGUAACAGUCAAGCGCAAGACGAGUUUUAUCAGCAAAGAACGAGGGUCUAGAGUUCAAACCACCCGACGCAGGGAUGGACUCAGACGAUGGUGAGCCAGCACACCAUGCUCGCCGUCCUAUGAACGCAUUCCUCAUCUUCUGCAAGAGGCAUCGCAGCGUGGUGCGCGAAAAGUACCCCACUCUGGAGAACAGGUGCAUCACUAAAAUCUUGGGCGAGUGGUGGGCACAGCUGGAGCCUCAAGAGAAGUCGUGCUACACCGACUUGGCGAAGAAGUACAAGGAAGCUUUUCUUGAAGCUAAUCCUGACUUCAAAUGGUACAAACUACCAGCUCCUCCACUGCGGACACUUGUCACUCGUCCAUCAAACCAGAAACCACCAAAGCUGGAGUAUCCAUCAGCAUCGGGACCCAUUGUGCCAGGAAAACUUGCAGAUGAAAGCCAGAUGGGAGGUUUGAGCAGUCUCUUGUCAUCACCCCCGGUGACCCCUACUUCGCCAACGGUGCCAAAACCUCCUAAAAAGCGAUACUUGGAGGAAAGCCUGGGUUCCGCAACCCCUUUGUCCUCCUGGGAAGGCACUUCAUUUGAUAAGACCGAUGACAACUCUCGAGACAGCAGCCCAGACAGCGAGGGAAAAGACUCAGGGCUGUGCAAUCUGUCUCCGACCACUGUCGGGGCCGCGACGGCACAAGCACCCCUCGUCCUAAAUCAGGCCUGGAGCCAGUUGGGCGCGAAAGCAGGUCCAUCGGCCGCGGUUUCUAUGAAGACCUCUGAAACUGUUGAAAAGAAUGAGGAAGACAUGUGCGUCAGCCUCGAGACUCCUGCUGCUGCACCAAGUUCUUGGGCGGACGUUGCCAGCAGGGAGACAAAUAACAAUGAAGCCUCUUAUUUAAAUGAUUUUUCAGUACAUGCUGAAGAAGAUGAAAAACCAAAUGUUGCUGACACUUCCAGCAAAAGCUCAGGUCCUUGGAUCCAGUUGAAGGAGUCUAGUCGUAGUGAUAUGCCGAGUCAGGAUGCCUUUUACGAGAAGAAUUUGAAAGGAAAAGGCUCCCAUGAUACUAGAAAAUCUGUUCGCGCUUGCAAGGGCAAGAGGUAUCAAGAGUUUAUGAGUUCUGGUCGAAUUGCAACUGGAAAGAGAGGCCGGCUGAGGAUGUACAAGAGUUUUGACAGUGAUGGGCCUAGCAAAGUCAGACACAAUUCUGGCUCUUCUUCUGCCUCUGAAAAAACAGACUCUGCUUAUUCUGAAGCAAGCAGGGGAUCCAGAGACCCCAAUGAAGAAACGCUCUAUGUGCUGCAAGGGAAAAGUACGCCCACUCCCAGCAUGGAAAUGGACAUGGACCUGGAAUUAUCAUCAAUCAAGCGACGCCACAUAUCCGAGUGUUCCGAGGACUCUGAGAUGGAUGCAAAUAUGAAGAAACGAUUCAGGGCCGCAGAUUUCAAUCUGGAUGAGAAAAUCGACGCCCUUCCCUCCCUCAGCCUUGAGGAGUUCCAACAGAAGAAGAAGGCAAAGAAAAAGAGGGCUUCCAGCGCUCCAUCUACUCCUAAAAAACACAUUGUGCGGGACAGGUCUCUUGAGACCACUCCAGUGUCGAAGCCUACGGCUAACCCAUCAAGCGUGACUCCGACAAAAAAUCCUCCGUUGGUUGGCAGUCAGAAGAGGAAGGCUCGCCGACUGCAAAUAACUCGAGUGGAGCCUAAUUCUCCGCACGUUAUAAGUGAUAAUGCUGUGGCCGAUCCAAACAAUGUCCUUAUGAGUAACAGCGGACUUGCGACAUUAGCCGCAGUAGCAUCGGUAACCAAGAGACUUUUCAAGCAGUAAGUAACAAUGAUCAAGAGAGAAGCAACGCCAUUUUCGUACACGAACGUUAACACACCAUUGCACACAAAACGGAAAAUGCAACUGGAUUUUGAUUUGCAGUUUAACUUGGAAAAAACGAGGGCUAAUAUCUCUCUUGCCCCUUAGCGUAUAAGAGGAAAUCAAGGAAAUGGAGUACCUGCGUUGAUGUUUGUGUAGAAUAGUUGAAGAGAAUCUCUUUUUGCGGAAGAGAGGAAAGAACUCAAUUUGGCACCAGUUUAUGGUCAGCUCGAACAAAGUUUGAAAACGCUACAUUGGCUUUGUUGCAAAAGCAAAGAGAAAAUUGGUGCCAACUUAUGCAGGGCGCACAUUUAAAGAAUAUUUUUCUGUGUUUUGUAUUACAAAGUGAUGUAGUAGGAAACGCCUCUGGAAGCGAGAGGUGUACACAAUGUGAUCUGCCAGACAGAAUGAGUGAGGAUUUAAACUAAUUUUAAACAGUAGUCAAUCACCUUAGAUUGUUUUUACAUCAUUUCACAACAUUUCCAUUUAAGUUAUUUUUUUAUUCUUUGUUUUAGUCAAAAACUUGUUACCAUAACUUGUUUUGCAUUGACAACUUCAUGCUUGUUGGUAUGCAUUUCGAGUGCGUGUUGGAUUAUCGGGAAACAUUUAGUCGGUUGUUUUAACUCAAUUUAUAUUCUCGGCGAACACGACUUCUAAUAUUUUGAAUUUGCUAGACAUCAAUCUCUUCAGAAUAAUUGAUUUGGGAGAUGUGAAAAUAGUAUUACAGCAGAUGAAAUGCUGAAACCAUGGUUGCUGUCAGGUACAUUGACUUAUGAAAUUUUACAGUUAUCACUAGAAAUUUUUUAAUAGUUUCUUAAAAUGAGAAAAUAAAUAUUCAAUUUCGUCAAAGAAAGUUAUCAAGACAGAAAUCAAGGUUGCAGUGAUGCAGUUCUGAUUUUCAUCUUUCAAAUAGUUUUCUGUUCUGAUCAAGAUCCAAAAUCAAAAGAUUUAGAGAAUUGCAUUCAAGCCAUUUUAAUAAUCAUUGAGGUUUUCAGUUUUUACAUGUGAUUGACAAUGCAUCAGUUUUAUUUAAUCUGUUUUGAUAGUGCCUUGACUUAUUGUUGGGUUUGAGUCAUUUCAUACCCUCUGGACUCCUCAAUUUUUUAAAGGUUUAAAUAGAAACAAGUAAAAAUUAAUGUUAUAUUCUAUUCAGGACAGUUUAUAUUAUAAUACUGAGGAGAUUGCAGGGUAUGAACUGAAGUAAACAUUUAUCGUUAUUAUAUGUUAUUGGAGGAAAAAUUGUAAAUAGAAAUAACAGAUUGUGUAUAAUUAUAUAAGUGGUCACACAUGGAAAUGUACAUGAUAUAAAUAUAUAUGAAGAUACACUUAUGCUGAAUAUAUUAUAAAUACAUAUAUAAUUGUUUCAAAACAUAAAUAACAUUUAUGCUAUUUUAAUAUAUAUAUGAUCACUCUUGAAUGUUUACGGGCAAGCCAAGAAUUCUACAACUUUUGUGUAUAGUGUACAUAUUCAGCAACUAAUUUGUAUAUCAUUUAUUGAGAAUUUAACACGCGCAGAUGAUGAUUUAACUGCUUUGGACGCAAGUUACAAAAUUCAGCUUGGUUCAGUGUAAUCCUUAAAUUUUGUGAUUUUAAUUAAGGUUUUAUUAUAAAAUUUACUUCUGUUGUGGAUUGUCUACAUUCGUGUCUCUAAUGUUAACUGCUUAUACCACUUGAUUGUGAAUGCAAAAAUUAAUCAAACGCGGUUUGUUUUGCAAUAUUUCCUGUUGAUUUUUUUUUAAAAAGCAAAAGAUUGAAAGGGUUCUGGGCAUAAUUAUAAAUGUGUAUUUUAUUCUCCUUAGCCAAAUGUUCAUAAUUAAAUUCAGAGCCCUUGUCACUAUUCUUUUAAAAAACUGCUACUCAAAUGGGUAAAUUUAUAUAGAUGAGAGAUAAUAAAUUAUUGUAGUCUAGGCUUUUAUGAAAAUUUGUGAACAUUUAAAAAGAGAAAUAAAAUAAUUUGCACUUCUAAAA